AUGCAGACCACCGACCAGCUCACUCAGGCCCUGGGCAAUCUUGCUCUCAACUCUGCUCACCAGCCUGACCCUGACGAGAACGGCAAUGCGACAAGCAACCCUCACCACUUACUGACCUUCGAUUACCCGGCGAUCGAUCUCCUGAACGAUGUUCUCGAGGUCUACCUUCCCGAGCCUCACCUCGUGAUUUGGAGACCACGACCACAAGCUCUGAUGUUCCAUCUCGCCAUGUGGAGCCCAAUGAGUCUCUUCUACACGAUGGACCCCACUGCCCCCAACUACGACAUCAGCCAAGUCGACAACGAGAAGGCUGCGUCUUUCGUGAGGACGGUGGAUGCCCUGCGCAAAUCGAGUGGAAGUACCACCAUGUCGAUCGUCGUCCACGUCCAGAAGACCGUUCCCGAGAUCCUCAUCCGACUUUCUACGACGUUUGAUAAGUCGAGCACGACCAAGACGACAUUCUGGGACCUCAACUUGACGGAUUGGCAGGCCAUCAUGGCGAUUUCACACCCUUGGAUCGAGGUCCUCGGAGACGUGGUAUACCGCAAGACAACUCGAUCUUUCCUGGCGGCCGAGGAGAAGCUAGAGCAGCACUGUCCCAUCCUGCACCGCGAGGACAAUCGACAAUGGGCUGAUCAAUGGGGUAGCGGCUCAGCGAACCCAGCUAAGAAGCUGCUCAUCAAGUACCUCCGAUACCUCCACUCCGACAGAGUCCUGCCCUUUGACCAACUCGAGCAGGACGGCGGCACCAUCCAGCUUCCUUGCGGGCACGACCUCUCCAUCACGAAGGAGCAGAUCGAGAACUCCACCGAAGCAGAGUGCAUGAACGCCACCUGCACCUUCUGCCACACUCGCAUUCUCCCGACAGAACAAUACGAGGAGGCGAAGAUGUGCGAGCAGUCCUACAACAUCCUUGAAGCCGCAACCCUAGCCGACGCAUGGACCGGGCUGGAUCGCGAGGUCGUCGACAGCCGCACGAGAACCCUCAGCAAGACCGCCGUCAUGCAAGCCCUCCCCGUCGCCAUCGCCAGCCUCAAGCUCCCCGAGAUCAUCGAGUCCACGCACAUGUCGCCCGCCUCGUUCCCGCAAACCUCGAUCGCGCUGCGAGCGUUCCAGAAGUGGUUCGAGGAGGACAACGACUGGUUCGAGGAGGAGCCACAACAGCAGGAGGACACCAUCCAGCAGAGCCCGUGGGGUCUUGCUUUUGACCUGCAGGGCGAUGUUGAGCGCUUGAUUGUGGCGGAGGGAUUGGGGUUCCCGCCGACUUGGCGCAAGUUCAUCAGGGUCGCGAUCAAUCGCGCGGUCAAUCUCGCUACUUUGAGGAGAUGUUCGAAGUUGGGUGGGGGACAUGAGGGUGUGCAUAUGCAUGGUCGGAAGGUGUUUGUGAGCGUGCCCUAUGAGCUGAGUGGGGAUUCUACUUUUGAGAUGGGCGAGAUGCGCGAGGCUUUGGAUGUGGAGAUGGAUGAUGAUUGA